AUGAAAGCCGACGACGCUCAACAGUUUGCCCAACAAUUCGCCCAGCAAUUCAUCGAUGGCAAGCUGCCGCUCGAUGACUUCGUGAAUCGCAUGGCCAAAAUGGCCACUGCCGAUGUAGGCGAGGCUCAGGUCGAUCUCGAUCGCGCUCGCCGCUGUGGAUUCCCCGAGGUGGUCUACGGCGAAGGAAAGAGCGUGGAAGUGAUCGCCAAGAUCUUUCGCGUUCAAGUCGAGCACGGGUAUGCCUCGCUGGCAACUCGCAUCUCGGCGGAACAAGCCUCCGAGCUUUCCGCUGAUUUCCCGCAGGGGCAUUACAAUCCUCUGGCGAGAACCUUCCGCAUUUCGGCCAAGACUACUUCGGAUUCGCAAGAUGCCGGUCGCGUGGUGAUCGUCUCUGCCGGAACCACCGACCUGAACGUGGCCGAGGAAGCCCGCGAAACAGCCGUCUGGAUGGGGCUCGAUGUCACCCUCCUGCAAGACAUUGGGGUGGCAGGCCCUCAGCGAUUACUAGCCCAAGUCCCGCGAAUGCAAGAUGCCGACGCUAUCGUUGUGGUCGCUGGCAUGGAGGGCGCACUGCCUAGCGUCGUAGGUGGGCACGUUUCCUGCCCUGUGGUGGCGGUUCCAACCAGCGUGGGUUAUGGAGCCAACUUCGGCGGGCUCUCCGCGCUGCUGGGAAUGCUCAAUAGCUGCGCGUCGAAUGUUACGGUCGUCAACAUCGAUGCCGGAUUCAAAGGCGCCUACGUUGCAGGCAUCAUCGCCCAACGCGCGGCCGAUGCGCGGAGAAGCUCGCCCAUCGAGGUUGAUACCCUGCCCCUGCUUGCACCUCGCGGGGACGAAAGCCACAAGGGUGACUUCGGUCGGGCAGUACUCAUUGGCGGUUCCACAGGAAUGAGCGGCGCCAUCUCCCUCUCGGGUAUGUCUGCCUUGCGUAGCGGAGCCGGCCUCGUACGGUUGGCCGUUCCCCGCGACUGUCAGGCGACCGUCUCCGCGUUCGAGCCGUCGUACAUGACGCUCGGGCUUACGUGUGACUCCGCCGGGCGAAUCGCCCUCACAGCCCGCGACGAACUCAAGUCCCAGGUCGAAUCGGCCUCCGCUUUGGCUUGCGGCCCAGGGCUCGGGCGCUCAGAAGAUCUAAACGAGCUUGUCGCCUGGCUGUACUCCGAGGUGGGCACUCCAUUUGUGUUCGAUGCAGACGCCUUGAACGCUCUGGCCGAACAGCCGGAACUCUUGAGGCGUCCAGGUGGUCCGCGGGUCCUAACGCCCCAUCCUGGCGAGUUCGCCAGACUCACCGGCGAAGAGUACGACGACGAUCCGCAGGCCCGUCGUAAAAAUUGCUUCGAGUUCGCCCGGAGCACGGGGGCGACCAUCGUGCUGAAGGGCCAUCAGACAUGCAUCAGCGAUGGACAGCAGAUCGCGGUGAACACCACCGGCAACCCUGGGAUGGCAACGGGCGGAACGGGCGACGUGCUGACCGGCGUAAUCGCUGCGCUACUAUGCCAAGGGCUCGAACCCUUCGAUGCGGCCCACUUGGGAGUGCACGUGCACGGACUCGCGGGCGAUUACGCCGCACAGGAGUUGGGCCAGGUUUCGCUCAUCGCCAGCGACUUGGUGCGACAUCUUCCGGCCGCGUUCAAAUCGCUGCAACUGCCCGGCUCGACUAUCGGGUUCAACCCUGCUUGA